AUGGCCCUCAGGUUUCCCGUCUAUCAGUAUAUAAUGGAGCUGACACAGGCACCAACUCCACAAGCGUUGAAGUGUUCGCUGACAUACUGCAACGUGCUGGCCCUCUGGCCCUGCCCCAGAGCAGCCCGACACCAGCUGACAGCUGCCCACGCCAGCCAGCGCCCGCUGGCCCUCCCCGAGGGUCAGGUGACCCCCCGCCCCAGGCCUCUGCAGUCCAGCCCCGUGGGCAGACCUGCGUCUGGGCAGACCUCUCCACCAGUGCUGCCGUGGACGCUGGCUUCUCCUUACUGGGGCACUGGGAAGGGCCUUUGCCCAGCGCGACGGUUGGUGGUCACUGACCGGGAAGACCGCUCUCUGCUGGACCCCUCUCUCCCGCCCGGAGUGCGGCUACACACUAAAGGGAGCCCGUCGGGUGUCAGAGGGGCCGUGACGCCCUGCCCGGGCGAGCGCCUCGCCCGCCCUCCCAGCACCCAGGCCGAGUCACAGAGGUCGGUCCCGGGCACCGCCCACGCGCCGACAAAGCCCGAGCGCUGA